CUUCCACUGCAAGUUCACAGCAAAAGAAAAGCUAUAAUCUGGGAGAUAAACCUGCUGGACUGAAACACUAUCUAAUAAGGAUGCAGGUGCUGCUCUGUGAGGUAACAUUGGACCAAUCAGAACAUGCGCACUGACAAGGCACCUGGCCUGAGUGGGACUGGGAGCCCGCGCGUUAUAAGAAGCAGCAACCCGGGAUUCCCAGCAGAAGAGAAACCCGCAGAACAGCGUCAUUCAUUACGAGGGAGGCAGGCGAGAGAGAACCGAAAUGGAUCCUUCUUUAAGAACCAUUGGCCAGGGAUACUUUGGGAAAGUAUACAGAACAAAAUACAAGGGCAAAAUAGCAGCAUUGAAAAAAAUCCCAGAAUCCACAUUAAGACAAAGUCAUUUACAAAGAGAACUUGAAAUAUACCAGAAGCUGAAUCACGUUAAUAUUGUAAAGCUGCUUGGAGCUCCUUGGAAAGAGCAUGACGUUUGGCUUUUCCCGUUGGAGUUCAUUGAGGGAGAAGAGCUGGAGACGGUCAUCUUCAAUCCACGGGGAUCCAAAAUCCAGUUGACCAAUCUGGUCAAGGCCACCAUUAUCACUGGAAUGUGUAGAGCCUUAAAUUGCCUUCAUGAGGAAAACAUUGUGCACCAGGACCUGAAACCAGACAACAUCAUGAUUGAGAACUACACAUUUCGCCCCGUUCUGAUUGACUUUGGAUUGGCCAAAUUGGUAACUACUGGAGGCUUCUCUACCGCAACAAACAAUGGAAAUAGAGCUUAUGCAGCUCCAGAAAUCCAACAUGGUGGCGUUCGAAAUAAACCCUCUGAUGUCUGGGCCAUGGGGAAGAUCAUAACUGAUCUGCUUCUGCAAAAAAGGGUUGACCCGCUUAAAUGCGGCUGCAGACACGUUGAAGAAAUUCUGAAGGGAAUGCCGUAUGCUAGAUCAGUGAGCCGAAUGGUCUAUACCAAUCCACAACUGCGAGUUGAAAUUAAGAAGAUAUUGGCGGAAAUAGAAAUGGCUGGGGAGGCCUUCAAGAGUUUGGGAGGCAUGUCUCGUAGGGGAGGUUUUGGGAUCAAUGCGGGUCAGGUUGAAAAGGUUCCAGUCGAAAGAGUGGCCAAACUUAAGGAAUUUAGUCCACGGCCAUGAUUUCUGUUUGAAAAGAGGGGUUUUAAAGAAAUUCACAAAUCACUUUAUUUGCAUUAUCAGCACCCUUUUUUUUAAGCAAGUCUUAUAAAACUAGAAAUAUGAUCUAUUAUAUUUUGAGUUCUCUGUUUUUCAAGUUUUGUAACUUCAUUUUCCUUCUUUUAGUGCUAAUGAUGAGGAAAUGGCAUUGUGAAUUUCAGCCCUUCGGCUUUUGUUUCUUAUAAAGAUUUUACUCCUUUUUAUUUUUUUGACAGUAUCACAGUUUUUCCUCUUUACUUUUUCUUUUUUUUCUUUGUGUAAUUGCUACUAAAAAACUGAGGCACAAUGUCACUGGCUCACAGGUCUGCACCACAUCGUGUGGAAUUGUGUCCUCUAGGGAGCUAGGUUGAGACCACCACGUUCAUAGGGACUUUAUACCAUCAGUAAAGAUUGUGGCUUACUGCCAGAAUUUGCCUCUGAUGAAGGAAGUGGCCAUAAGCAGAGUCCAUAUGUUAAAGGCAGCCUGAAAUAUGUUUGAAUUGCAAAGACUGGUUUCAUUUCAGAAGUGUUGUACGGUAGCUCCUAAUCUGUAAUGCAAUCUGUAUCACUGUAUAGGUUUUUUUAAUUGCAUCCUGAUUGGUUGUAUUAUAUUUUUCUGCAUUUCUCUCUGCUGUCAUUUUCUUCAUCUACAGUACAGCACACAGCCGUGUGCACAUGUAUUAGAACACCCCGUCGCUUCUGUAGUUUUGAUUUGUUGUGCAGAUGAUAUCAAACCGCUGCAAAUGAAAACCUUGGAAAAGUGUAAAAGCUCUGUAGGCAAGGAGGGACACUACAAUCCUCACCUCAAUAUCUCCAGCAUACCAUUCAGCCCAAAGCCUGUCACAAGGAGAAAUCAGCAAACGCUUUCCUGGUUUAAAAAAAUGUUGUCUAAUUUGAUCAACUUCCUUGUAAAAUACCUUUUCAAAAGGUAUGCAUAACAAAACGCUUCUCUGAAACUAUACACAAUCUAUUGUUGCUUUGGGGCAUCGUAUUGUAUUACAUUUUAAAUAUUUAUGGGAAUAAAGCAUUUAUGGGA